AUGACGGACCUUCCUGCGGUUGAGGGGCUCACCCUGCAUUCGACCAACGAGUCCUCCAAGUUCCCCAACUGCUAUCCUUCUCUGAACCCCGUCGAUAUCUACCGUGAGCAUAUCGCCGAGAAGCUUGGAGCCGCCACCGGCAUUGACGCGGAGAAGAUCUAUGCGCGUUUGCAAUGGACUAACACGCUGGACAAGGGUGACCUGGUGCUGCCGGUCCCCUCCUUGCAAAUCAAGAAGAACCCCGCGGAACUCUGCAAGGAACUCGCCGAGAAGUUCCCCGAGUCGGACCUGGUCCAACCCCCUACCUCCUUCGGCGUGCACCUGCAGUUCUUCUUCAAGCCCCAAGGCCUGACCAGCACCGUCAUCUCUCGCAUCCUCAAGGAGAAGGAGGUGUAUGGUACCAAUGGUAACCAGGGCCUGCGCGACCCGUCGGACCCCGCCAAGGGCAAGAAGAAGAUGAUCGUCGAGUUCUCCUCCCCCAACAUCGCCAAACCCUUCCAUGCCGGCCACUUGCGGAGUACCAUCAUUGGUGGUUUCCUGGCGAACCUGUACACUGUCAUGGGAUGGGACGUCAUCAAGAUGAACUACCUCGGUGACUGGGGUAAGCAGUACGGUCUGCUGGCGAACGGCUACAAGCACUUCGGUGAUGAGCAGAAGCUGUUGCAGGAUCCCAUCAAUCACCUGUUUGAUGUCUACGUGAAGAUCAACAACGUCGUGGCCGAGCACGACGCUCCCAUCAAGGAGCUGAAGGAGCAGAUCAAGGCGAAGAAGGAGAAGAACGAGGACGUGGCUGCUCUCGAACAGGAGCUCGCCAAGCUCGUCGAGGUCAGCGAGGACGAGAAGGCUCGGCGGUACUUUAAGAGCAUGGAGGAUGGUGACGAGGAGGCUCUCGCGCUGUGGCGCCGAUUCCGUGACCUGAGUAUCCAGAAGUACAAGCAGACGUAUGCCCGCCUGAACAUUGACUUCGACGUCUACUCUGGAGAGUCCCAGAUCAAGAACGAGAGCAUGGCCGCUGCCUACAAGACCAUGGAGGAGAAGAACGUCUCCGAGAAGUCCGACGGCGCGGUCAUCGUUGAUUUCACCAAGCACGGCGCCAAGAAGCUCGGAAAGGCCAUCAUCGUGCGAAAGGAUGGCACCCCGCUCUACCUGACCCGUGAUAUCGGCGCCAUCACCGAGCGUGACGAGGCCUACCACUUUGAUAAGAUGAUCUACGUGGUUGCCGCCCAGCAGGACCUUCAUCUGGCUCAGCUCUUCAAGGUCACCGAGCUGAUGGGUCACAAGGAUCUGGCCAACCGCUGCCAGCACGUCAACUUCGGCAUGGUCCGCGGUAUGAGCACCCGUAAGGGUACCGUCAAGUUCUUGGAUGACAUUCUGCGAGAUGUCGGUGACAAGAUGCACGAGGUCAUGAAGAAGAAUCAGGAGAAGUAUGAGCAGGUUGAGAACCCCGAGCAGACCGCCGACAUCCUGGGUAUCACGUCCGUCAUGGUUCAGGACAUGACUGGCAAGCGGUACGUAUCUUUUUUGUUUUGCAUGGACCUUUCUCGAUUGUACUAA